CCAUCAGUGAUCACGAGCAAUGAGGAGCGAUCAAUAAUUCUGAGUAGAACCUUUGAACAGGCUAGUUUCUCUGAAAACAUUUUGCAAUCGAUGGUAAAGGACAGUGUUCACAACUUGUUCAGAUUUCUGAUUCAAAGACAUUUAUUAGAACAACCGAUACAAUGGCAUCACUUCUAACAGUUUUAACAGUCACUUUCCUAAUGUGCAAUCUGUGGGAUGUUGGAAGAUCAAGCAGCACAGUCUCAACGUCAUCUUUUUCACCUGUGAGCAAUGAAAGUACGACAAUGUUGAUCACUGUCACCUCAUCGGGGACAACAGCACCAUCAGCAGAAACCUCACCGACCAUCUCGACAACUAUGAACACAAACAUGUCUGUCAUGCCCAACACCAACACAUCUUCUAUAGCUCCAACAGACAGCAGCUUGCUAAGAUCCACUUCACACAUCAGCAAUAUAUCCACUCUCAAACCUAAUAGUACUGGAACACCAGUCAAUUCUUCUGUGACAGAUGCUAAUGUCUUAAGUACAACAACUAAACUUGCAGGAAGCACAAGUGACCCAAAUGCGACAAUGUCUACGACAUCAAGUCACUUCAGCACACUUAACAGCACGACUGAUUUAAUGUCCACCACAGUCCAAAACAUCAGUCAUGCUAAUAUGACAGUAUAUUCUAAUUUGACUACUGCAGCGACAACAGUCCAGGCUAAUAAUACAACUACCACAGAAUAUACUACUACAACGAAUACAACAGCUGUAAGUUCUAUAUCAACUACAUCCAGCAACACUUCAACAACUGCUCCAAGGAAUGAGACAAACACUACUUCAACCACGACAGCUCCAUCUCCCACCACUUUUCAGCAGAGUACUACAAGAACUCCAGCUGAUGUAACAACCACCAUCAUUACCACAUCUAUUGUCACAUCAACUGGCAAUGGGAAAGAUCUGAUCCCUCUGCCGGGAAAAGUUAGUGCAGGAGUGAUCAUUGGAGCCAUUCUUGGCUGCAUUUUGGGAAUUAUUCUUCUCUCAUUUCUGGUUUAUGCUUUCUGUACACAUCGAAAAACACAUCACUUUAAUCAUCGCAGACUGUACGAUAACAUCUCCGGUGAUCCAGUUCUACGUCUGGACAACACAGACGAUGCUAUUGAUUUAAGGUACCAAGAAGGAGCUGCGUACUACAACCCUGCAGCUUUGAACGAAGCCUCACCUUCCAAUGCUAGAAAGAAAAACAACCCAAAUUAUGAGCUUCAGAUGGAUGCUUUACCAGCCUCCUAUGGAAAUGUUGCAUAACUCGACUCACAUCUCUCGCUCAAAAUAACAUUGGAAUCAGCACCAAAGAAACAUCACUUUCAAACAGACUGUACAGUGACCUUUUCUGCUCCAAUAGUGACAAAAAAUUGGUUUGAACUUGAAGAAUAAGAUUUAUUUUUCAAAAUAAGAGCUGCUGUUGAGAUAGGAAAAAAAAAUGGAACUGCACUUACCCCAGAUAGCCAUAAAAAUGGCAAAGAAGACUGUGCCUCCAUUAUCAAAUAAAUAUGUCAGCUACAGAGAGCAGAAAGAAUGAAAACAUUAAUUAUCUUGUUACACAAACAGCCCAAAACUGAUACACAGAUACUGACAGCAUCAUGGUAUGUCAAUUUCAUACAAACUGAAUUUGCAUUUUCAAGUUCAAUGAUGCCAUAUUGAGAAAUAUUCUUCAUAAAUUAAUGCUUCAAUACUCCAGUUAAAAUAUGAAGUUCAUUGUGUACAGAUGCUCAUAGAUUAACACAAGAUUUAAGGUUGCUUUUUCAGGUCAUUUAGAUUUGAUGGAAAUAUUGGUGUCAACACUCAUUCCUUUGUAUUCUGUAUUUGUCAUGAUUGCCAGUCUUUGUAUAGUUUACUAUUCUUGUGAGAGAAGUAGGAUUUCACUGAAUGGCUUGGUCUUCAUUGUUUUGGAAGGAAAAAAUUAGUUUGCAUUCACCACAAAAUUAUAGGAUAAUUUUACAAAUUGUAUCGAUCAUUGCCAGACUAUGAACUGCCGUGCUUGUUCAAAUAGUCUUAAAGUAAAUUAUUAAGUGGCUCGCAGAGAGCAUGUUCUGUUGUAAUAAUGGACACUUUCUAUGUAUUAUCCCUAUCUUUUCACAAGAUAGAUAGCAUUGAAUCACCUGUGAAGCCAUUGUUCUUGAAUAAUGUCACCUCGCUGUCACUUUGAACCUAGUACCACUCUAACUAUGAAAGAUUUGAGGCACCUGCUUUAAACCAUUCAUUAUUGUCACAGUGUUGUUCAACAUGAAUGAGUUCUUCUCCACGUGUGGCUUCACUACUUGCAGCACCCAGGCACUGACUUUAUGAUAGAAGGUAGGUCAAGGCAAAGAUGCCGAGUGAAAGUCAUACAAACUCCCCAACGAAUGGAAGAUGGCGGAGGGUCAGAAAAGAUGACAUGAUGGAAGGAAUGGAGAAUGAGGGUGAAAAAAAGCCCCCAAAUGCUUCUUCACAUCACAGGAUGAAUUAGUGAAGUUGCAACUGCAAAUCCCUGAUGCAACCUCUUGGGCAGGGAACAUUGCAGGGUUGAUGAAAAAUUUGAUGAAAGGCAAAAUCUAACAACUUAAAGAGGUAAAUCAAAUCCAAACACAAGGAUUUGCCACAUUUUAUUUUGCUUAUUUUGUGACUGCUCAUCUAUGGAAAGCUUUCAUUUUUUCUCUUUGAUAAAAUUAAUUAAAGGUGUGAUAUAUGAAAAUUAUGAAGUUUUAAAUUCAUUUCAAUGUUUGUUGAUUUUAUGAAGCAUUUUAAACAUUUGUUAUUUUUAACAAUAAUUAUUUUUCAUCUACCAUUACCUUUAUCAGCAGUUUUGAAUGCUUAGAUAGAUCAAGUGCUUCAUUUAAUGAUAUUAUCAUAUAAUCAUUUCUUACACCGUCAUACCCUCUUGCACUGUAACCACAACUUCAUUUCUUCUCUUGUGAAGAGAUAUUUAAUUCACAAUAUGACUACUGAUAGCUAUUACAGGAUUAUAUAACAGGAAUUCCUUUGAAAUGUGUGCAAGUUGGAAAAACGUU